AUGGAAUGGCUACUGGAGGGCUUGCUCAGUGUUGAGGGGAACAUGGCACUUCUCUGGGGCCAGCUGAUCCAUGUCCUGGCCUGUAGCCACUGUGGUAGCAGCUGCCUCCAGAGUCCUGGGAACCUGGUGACACUAUUCUUGUUCAUGAUUUGGCAGAUCCGGAGGUGGUGGCAGUUUAGGAAGUGGCGACAGCUUCAGCCCUGGUGCUCUGGGGACAUAAUGGAAGGCAAGGGUCUACCACUUCUGUACCACAUGGACUUCCUUGACCACCUGUGGAAACAGAGGUCAGGGGAGGAGGAGGAAGAGGUGGAGGAAGAGGAAACAUCUCUGGGUUCACUGAAGCCAUUUUCUCCUCCCAGAGAAGCUCCUAUUAAAGAGCAAACUACCAUAGUCCCACCCCAACCACCUUGUGAUUCUGAGAGCUUCCCCAAAGCCCCAGGGACACUAGAACAAAUCCUUGAACAGUCCCCAAACCCUUCCAGAUUCUUCCCCACCUUCCAGAUCCUGACCAACCUACCCGUGGGGCACAGUUCAGCAUCAAGGAGCCGACUGCAACAGAAGAAAAACCAGCUUUUCUGGGGUCUCCCCUCUCUGCACAGCGAGUCCUUGGAGGCCACCUUCCUGAUCUCAGGUGACACUUCUCCCCUGAAAUUGUCUAUUGAUCCCUCAAUCUUCUUCAACAAGCUUACCUUCCUGUCUAGACCCAAUCAGCAGCUUUCCCAGUGCCACCCUCCAAGCCAGCUUCCAAAUCAGCAAGCCCAGACUAUGAAAGAUCCGGAGAAAAUGGCCCCUGAUCCUCAGGUACUUCCAUCUCCAUCUUCCCCUCCUGUCCAACCCUUAGCCCUCCAUCUAAAGGCUUUUCCUGCAGGCCACAAGGGAGUACUACCUGGUGCUGAGGAACAUAUACAAUGGCUUACGCAACAGAGAGAGGGCCCUUGGGUCUCUGAGGUUCAAGUCUUGCACACUCAGCCUGAACUCCAAGGAACCAGCCCCUCCAACCUCUUCCCCUCAUCCAAGGCCUGUUUGGAGGUGCCGUGGGACCUUAGCCUACAACUCAGUCCAGAUUCACCCCCUGCUUCUCUGAUGUAUUCUUCUAGCCCUUCAGGAGUCCUGACUAGGUUUGAGGCCUCACGGAGGACCAUGAGGCAAAAUGAGGAUUCUGAAGCUUCUGAGCCAGUAAUAGUAGUUCCAAGCCCAACCCUAGCCUCCCUGCCAGAACCCCAGGGAGUCAGCCUUGUAGAAGGCCUGUAUGGAUCUGAGGCCCUUUGGGAAACCAUUCGGCAAAGAAAGAACUCUCAGAUCCCUGAGUUUCCAACCUUAGAUCCUUACCAACCUCUAACCUUCAUGACAGAGCCUGAAGGAACUAGUCUGUUGGGAGUUCCACCUGGAUUUGAGACUCAGUGGGGAAUGAGAGGAUAUAAAGAGAGCCCCAAAGCAUCUGAGCCCCCAGUGGCAACCCCCGGCCAACCCCCAGAUUCUCUGUCAGAAUCCCAGAAAGUCAUCCCUGAAGGAGGACUUUCUGCACCUAAGGCCUUCUGGGGAAUCAUGGAGCAAAGAGAAAACCCUCAAGCCCUUCAGUCUCCAAUGCCAGUCCCCUGCCCUGCCCCAGACACCCUGCCAGAACUCCAAGGAGGUAGUCCCUUGGGAGAUCCAUCUGGAUAUGAGGCCCAAUGGGGGUGCAGAGAAAACUCAGGGAACUCUUGGGCUUUUAAGUACACAGCCUUGGAUCACAGAGCACGCUCAGUUCCUCUGCCAGGGCUCUAUGGGACCAGUCCUACAUGUGUCCCAUCAGGAUCUGAGGCUCCAUGGAAGGGCAUGCAGGGAAGAGAAAAGCUUUGGGUUUCUGCAGACCCAGGUCCAUCUCCUGGCCCUCCCUCAGCUUCUCUGCUGGAGUCCCUUGGAAGGGGUUCCCAAGGAAUCCUGUCUAAGUCCAAAGCUCUGUGGAAGACCAUAGGGCAGAGAGAGAACCUCUGGACCUCUGAGUCCCCAGUCUCUCCUCACAGCCCACCUCUGGACCCCCUUCUAGAGCCCCACAGUAUCAAUCCUGUGAAAGGCCUCUCUGGAUCUGAACCUGCAUGGAAGGACACUGAACAUUUCUGGGCUUCUGAGCCCUCACCUCUGGCACUCAACCCACUCCCAAUAACUCUUGUACUGGAACCCUUCAGAGUUAGCCCCAUGGAAGUCCUGUUUAGCUCUGAGGCUAUAUGUGACAUACAAAAGAGAAAGAACUCCUGGGCUUCUGAGCUCCUACCUUGCAGCUCAUCCCAAGACCCAGAUGGAGCCAGCUCCCUGGGAGUAUUUUCUGACUCUGAGACUGUUGGUAGGAGCAUGGAACAUGAAGAGAAAUAUUGUGCUCCUGUGCCCCAAGUUUGGGGCCCCAGUCCACCCUCAAACUCAAUGUCAAAGUCUCUCAUAAUGGAGCCUAUUGGACACCAAUGUGACUGUAAGUUUGAGGGGACAGCACUGGAGCAGAGAGAGAACUGUUGGACCACUGAGCUCCCAGCCCCAAAGUCCAGCUUACCCCCUGUUCCUCUACCAGAGCCACUCACUGACCCUGAAUUUGUGUGGAAAAAUGUGCCACAAAGAGAGGGCCCCCAGGACCCCAGUUUUCCAGCAGUGGAUGCCCUGCAGCCAGUGCCCUGGCCUCCCACCUUAGCUGACGCUCUGAAGAUUGAUCCCAUCCAGCCUGAUCUACCCAGGGGAGAGACGCUCCCAGGAACUAAGGCAGAGACUCCACCCUCCCAGUGCGAAACUAUCCAAGGGAAGUCCACCCACCCUGAGGUCCAGUCCUGGCACUGGAGUGAAGAGUUGGGACUCAGGCUGAAGAAACUGCAGCAAAGCUCUGCCUCCAGAUCCCCAGGCUCAAAUCAAUCAUUUCCCUGCUCUCCCAUCCCAAGCUCCACAACUCCAGUCUCCUGGGGACUCUCUCCUUGCCUCCCACAGCAGACUCAUCCCUCCAAAUUGUGCCCCAACUCUUCAAGUUGCUGUCCCCCAAAAACUCAGGCCACACUACCACAGCCUGUCCAGGCCCCCCACUGUCAUCACCCCCACUCCUCCUCCCAGCCUCAGCCACAAGGCUCUGGCAAGGCAAAAGAAGGGUCUCAGAGAGAGGAGAGAGUGAAGGGGAAGAUGGUGGCUCAGGUCCCUUUCCAGGGGUCAUGUGUUCACAUGGAGGCUGGUAAGAACUGCCCAGGCCUGGGAAAGCCCUCAAAUCUUGAGGUUCUGACUUCAGGCAAGAGACAGGAUAAAGCUUUAGCCUUACCUUCAGCCAAAAAGAAAGACAGCCCCAGGAAACUCAAAGCAGGAGACCACAGAGGAGAGGGUAUAGGAUUGGCAUCAUUCACAGUUUCAGGGAAGAACCACUCUGCCAAACCCCAAAGGCUAGCAAAGGUCCCUGUAGGCAGGCCUUCCCAAAGAUCUCAGCACAGGAGCGAGAGCUCUCAAUGCACUGGUCUCUCUCAGAAGUUUCUUCCCAAGGCAGAGGGUCCCCAGGAUCAGCAAGGGGCAGGGCUGGGGACUGGUAACUUCCUGAACCCUCAGCACUGUAAGCACUGCAGGCACUGCAAGCACUGCCCUUGGGCACACGUCGAGAAGCAUCUCUCCUCUCCCCCACCUCAGGCUCCCCUUGUCAGGGGUCUCCAAAGGGUGUUAGCCAAGUUUUGGGGUCCCAUUAGACCCCUGCCCACCAAACCCAGUCAGCAAAGGAAAGACAGAUAG